AAGCAAGAUUCCUGAUCCCAAGGAGAGUUGAUUUAGAAGAGGCGCUACUACACUGACUUCAAUUGCAUUCAGGAAAACAGACAGGUUCUUCCUUUGGAGUGGGAAGGUAGUUGAAAAAACAAAUAGCUAAUAUACAGCUAUAGAAAGGAUUUUUAUAAUAAAGGAUGUGCCAGAAGACUUUGCUACUGCUGCUUUUCUGUUACAAUGCUUAUGCGACUGUGAGCCCAAGGUGGAGCAGAGCCAUGCUUUUCCCAGCUGCUCAGCGGUAUAAGAGAUCGUUAUCUGCCCUCGUGAGCCCGGUGCUGCAGAACUCACUGGAUGAUGUGGACAUGCUUUUCGAGUUUCUUUUAGCUGAGCUUGAAAUUGACAAAGGCCUGAAGAUCUCCAUCAAAGACGAGGAGCUGGCUUCACUGAGGAAAGCCAAAGAAUUUGACACUAUCUGCAAUGACAUUAUCCCCAAGAGCAUCACAGAGAUUCGACGGUUGAGUGUCAGGCUGUCUAAUUACCCAACGGUCCUAAAGAAGGAAGAUUUUGAAAGAACAGUGUUGACCAUGGUCUAUACUGCCUACAGGGCCGCUCAGUCUCGGAAACACCAGAAGGCUGUUUGGGCCGAAUCCUUCAUCAGUCUCUACAAGGCCCUCAAGCAUGACUUGAUGUUCUCACACAGCAAAAAGCCAUUGCACUAAAGGAGUUUAUACACCAAGAAUGCAACAAGCUCUGCUGAUAAAGUGGUUCUGCUAUGUGUCUUUUUCCUCUGUAAACAAUUUGUCUAUGUGCAAAGAUUUUUUAUUCUCUUCCGCCCCCUAGUGGUAUCCUGUUACAGAACCAUGAUAAGCAGGAAAAACAUCUUCAGGGGAGUCCAUACCUCCCAAUGAAUGAGGUAGGGGUGUGUGUGUGUGUGUGUGUGUGUGUGUGUGUGUGUGUGUGUGUGUGUGUGUGUGUUGUUAUUCCCAAAAGAUGGAGGAAGGGAAUGUUCAUCUGGAAAGUUUGGAACCCCUCUCCUGUUUGGAAAGUAAUAGAUAUUUGGAAGUCUCAUUAAACAAGUCUAUACCUGGUGUAAUAUCAGUGAAGUUAAUGGCUUUGUCUAGGAUGAUUGUGACCUGAAAUACCCUGGGGGUGAAGGGAGUGUGCUCUGGUAACUAGUCUGCCAAGGAAGCUCAGAAGGACAGUGUACUGGGGAAUUCAGGCUAGAAAAAAUAUACUAGCUUUGCUGCCAUCUAAUGGGGUCUAAAGAGACAGAAAGAGAGACACAGGCCCCCAGAAAAUGAAGAAGAAUCAUGGAAAGUAGAGCUUGGAGACUAUGGCAAGAAUAAAAUAAUCAAUGUUCUUGCAAGUAAAACCGGUUGACUUGUUUCCCAAGUACUGACAACCUAUCUUAAUCUCUUGUUCACAGUUGAGCCAGUUUUUAUUCACCAGAAAGAUCACAUAGCUAUUAACGUGUGCAGUCUCCCCACACGAGCUUUCACAGUCAGUCUAUAAAGGUCCUGCCAUUAUUUGCACAUGGUUCUGAGCCUCCCAUGUGUUAUCAACUGCAGGAUCAGAACCUAAAUUAAUUUAACAAAUACAAUUUUUUCAGCGUAUCCCUGUAACUCAGUUGCUGAACCAAUCUCCUGCUUCAGAAUAUCCCUGAACUUCCUAAACAGUGGAAACCCCCCAUAUUUUGUGCAUUACUUUGCAGCUUGGCUCACCUUUGCCCGUUUGGAUCAUCUUUGCUUGUAUCUCUGCGCGUAUGAGGGAGAGAGUGUGUCUAUCUUAGGUCAUUCAAUCAGGGAGCAACCGUGGCAUGCCAUACGAUUUAAGUGAUCGGUCAUGUGGUGAGAACUGUGAAUGCAGAAUGAAAAACAUUCAUGCUGACUUGAUUGUGAACAAAUCAUAGGCUAAAAUUUGUACAAAUGAUUUAACAAGCAAUUGCAAAUUAUGAACAAAGGCCUUCUGUGGACACUUCAUGGAGAGAGGAAAGGACUAUAUUCGUCAGCUAAAUUAUUUACAAUAGGCAGUUCAACCUGUUCUAACGGCAGUAACCUAAGGUUUGAAAGCUGUGCGCUAAUGCUGUUUAUCUACCUAUGCUAGCUAAUUUUGGCAUGUUUCACUAUGGUAUCUGAGCACUUCUGACAUGCUGUUACCCCUUUAAUAUAUGCACCUGUGGUCUCUCACACACUCCACUCAGUCUUUCUCCCUUUAAUUCCCCCAGGCAGAAGUUGCAUAGGAGCAAUGGUAAACAGAGAAGGGGGCAGGGUUCUUCAUUUUGGAAGGGAGGUGGUAAGAAAUAAGGAGUAGAGUUUCUGCACUUUGCUUAAUAUUCUAAACUUUCUAAACAGAGACAGGCCCAAACCAAACCCAGCAAGAGAAACAGUGGUGGUUGGAUUUUAAGGACCAAGUGCCAAGUCCCACGCUGCUCCUUUUCCAUCACUCAGGCCAUGUGCAAAGAGAAGAAGUCUCCUGCAUGUCCCCUACUGUGGUGCUAUUCCACUGGGAGGGUGAUUCCUCAGUAAAUGUGCAGCUGAUACAGACACUUCCUUCUCUGCAGCUUUCAUUGCAAGCAGGGUUUGGGGGACAGUUAAGGGCAAGCAGUUUGAGCAGUUAAGACAAUUAAGUCUCAGUUUGACAAAGCCCUGGCUGGGUUGAGUUAGUUGAGAUUGGUCCUGUCUUGGGCAAGGGGCUGGACUCGAUGACCUCCUGAGGUCUCUUCCAGCCCUAGGAUUCUAUUAUUCUAAGCAGGGGAAGCUAGCAGAGCACAAUGUACUCUGGCAGUCCAUGGCUGGUGAAUGGCCACUGCGGGAUCAUUACCUGCUGGUGCUGUUUAGGGUCUGCCAAAGUUAUUAACAGCUGAAAAUAGGGUUUUCUAUUGGUUAGUGGGAGGCAUCUUUAACAAGAGGUGUAACUAAUUCCAUUUGUGUGUGAAAGAAUAUUCACACGCAAAACCAGCAUGCAGAGCAUCCUUUAAAACAGGGGUGGGGAACCUCAGGCCUUGGAGCUAGAUGCGGCCCCCAGCUUGCCUGAAUCUGGCCCCCACAGUUCAGGGAUCACCCCAGUAUUGUGGAGGCUGCACAGGCGCUCCAGCCCCAGCACUGCCAUACUGCAGGGCUGGUGAACAUAAAAUCUACUAUGCUGGCCCUCCUAGGCUCUGGUGUGGGAGGAGAAUGUGGGGAGCGUCCCCUCAGUUGGAGGCCACAUCACCACCACAAGCAGGCCAGUAGAUGUCUCACAUGUAAUGCCUUUUCUGCACCACUCUGGGAAAUCAUACUCACAUACUGCAUAGACUUGUGGAUUACUCUUUUUUUUCCCCCAGUGGGACUGGAAUGGGAGCGCCAGAUAUAUCCCUUCUUAAAAGCAAAUACAAACUAUCUAUGUUUUUUUCCUUUAUAAAAUUACCCUGUUGUAUAAUUAAUUUACUCAUGGAGGCCAAUUGUCAUGAGUGUUCACCUUGUUUUUAUUCUGUGUGACUAUUCCAUUCCCUAGAGUGACAUCUGCUGGGAGAGUCUGGAACUAGAGCAUUCAGGAGCUCCCACCACAGCUCCUUGUCCUAUCCUCUUUCCUCCGGUGACAACAACCAGGAUUGGGGCAAGCAGGUUUUAAGUAGAAUUAUCUACACAGAGAAGUCUCCCCCACCAGGUGGCAUUAUACUGCACACCAAAUUCAUCUGCUAGGGAACAUAGUAAGCAUCUUGGAAAAUUAUCCGUACAAAUGUUACUCAGAACAUCCUUCCAUUCUCUAUGGAUAACUGCGCCUUACAAAUGACCUUUUAUUUCUUUACUGUUAAAUUAAGUUUUCUUGAGUUUAUCCCCUAUACCUGCCCCAGUUGCUGUAGAUAAUGUAACAAAGGAGAAAUAAUAUUGUUGUCACUUGGCUUGCCCAAGUGUAUUUAAUACAGAAUCAUUAAUGAAGUAAUAAAACCCUGACUGAGAACUAUUUGACUGUCUGGUGCAUUUGCUAAAGGAAGUAACUCCACUGUGGAUGUGUGGCAACUUGCAAGUGUAACAUGCCCUUAUUUCAGGAGCUGAUUUGCUAUUUAACUACCCUGCAGCAUGUCCCCAAUCCUUGGAUAUCUUUCAGUCUGUGGAGCUUCAUUCACACAAAGCAUAACCAUUAGAGAUGGGCAGGAAAUAGGAUUUUUUUUCAACAGGCUAUUCCAACGCUUUGAAACUCAUUUCCAUUUUUAAUUGUUUCAAAAAGCAUUAAAAUGUCAUUUUAUGAUGCAAUGUUGUAAUAUAAAAAUGUUAAAUAUAAUAGAUGUA